AUGGUCGGGAAGGUGGUCGUGCUCUUGGGAAUGUUGCUGAGUGUCGGAGGCGCGAGCAAGGUCAAGUAUGACGAGAACUUUGUGAGUUGUAGGGUUUUGCUAAUAGGAGAUUAGACAGUAUGGUUUGCGUAUAGCCAAAUAAGGGUACAUUUUCUAUGAUGGUCAACUUUUUUCAGAUCAAAGAAGUUUCUUCCAGGUCGGACAAUGAGAUCGAAUAUGGAUUUGACAAUAUGGUCCCAGCAAAGUAAGCGUGUGAAUUCAAAUCAAUUUUAUUUCUCAUAGAAGCCGUAUAGAAUAAUAUCAAUUGUUUUGAUACCUCAAUAAAUCCUCAAGUUAUUUUUUUUUGCUUUAUAAAUAGUCGAGAGACCUUUCAAAUUGUAUCCCUAUUGUCUAUUCCUCAGAUUAUCUCCCCUUUUUUCGGAGAUAUCCAAGAUAUCCAGCGGUCUUUGUACGCUCUUAUAGAACUCUUAAAAAAUCCCUGCCAACACCUUCCCCUCAGUUCUCAAAUCAUCAAUUUUUCUUAAAAAUUUUCAGGCCCUAUGAUCAACGACUAGAGCUGAAUGUCAGCAAAAUCCUGGAUUCCCUGAUCGCCAGCCAUGAUCGCCGAAUCCGCCCCAAUUACGGGGGUAAGUUCCCCUCGCUUUCCCCCAAAUUCUUUCUCUAAAGAAUUCCCUUUCUUUCUAUUCAAAAACACUUAGCAGUCCUCCUAAGUGUUUUCAAAGUGUACAUAACUAAUUAGUUGACGUUUGAUGGGAAAAUAUUCACCACCCGAAGCCCCCAGGGGCAUUGUUUCUUUUGGGUCCAAGAAAUCGCCGGUGACAAUUUGAUGGGUGACGUCGCCUGCGGGCAUGCGAAUAAUUGUGACCGAUUAAAGCUUUGCGGGACCAAAAUGUCAACUGGGAAAUGGAAGGAACAAAGUGUUAAAAAAAUUAAAAUAUGUGAAUGCAAACAGCGCAGAAACGAAGGGAUUAGCAUAAUCUUCUCACUUGCAUAAACAAAGAAUUGCCUGUUUUUUGUCGCCUUCUCGGCUUAUGAACAGCUAACCCUUGUUUGAGAACAAAUGGACAAAGAAGGAGGAGAUGGGGAGUGUUGGAAAACUUGGAGGGGAAUGUAGAUAGUAGAAUAAAUAAUUUAAAGACGGAAAUGAUGAAUUGGCCAAUUUAAAUUGCUAAAAAGCAGUAAACGUGCCAAAAAGGAAGCACAUUGAGAUCAGAAAAUUGCAAGUUUUUUUGCAGAAAAAUCCAAGAAAAAUUGAGAAGCACAGAAUUAAAAGCAAAAAAUCAGAUGUCAAAGUAAAAAUUGAGACCAGUAGACUUCAUAUUCUUCUAUUGCGACAGCAAUUUAUAUCAUAAAAUCAUUAAAAAUACAAUGUUUUUUAGGUGCCCCAACAGAAGUCAAUGUCACAGCGCAUAUCAUUACAAUAAGUGCCAUUUCCGAAGUUACUAUGGUAUGAACUCCUUAUAAUUUAUUUUGCAACUGUUUUCAGUUGUUAGAUUUUCUUUUCUAGCCAUCUAAUCCUUAUAUUUUUUCCAAUUUCACUCUCUUUUUUACAGGAUUACACAAUAGACUUGUAUCUCCGCCAAUUUUGGAGGGAUACCCGUCUGGCUUUUACCUCAGUCCGUGACGAUGAUACCACAAAAUUAACGGUUGGAAUAGACAUGGUGAAGAGUAUUUGGACGCCGGACACGUUCUUUCCCAACGAGAAGAAAUCGUUUUUCCACGACACCACUUCGCACAACAGUUUUCUGCGAAUUGAUAAUCGAGGGAAUGUGAUGAGAAGUAUUCGUCUUACUGUAACCGCCAACUGCCCGAUGAAUCUUCAUACGGUAGGUCGCAUUUUAGUUUAGUAGGUCCAAAUAAUAUUGCUAAAGAUUUGGCAAUUUUUCGUAUUUUUUGAUCGCUCAUUUUUUGCAAGACAAUUCUCUGACCAAACAAGUGCAAAAAUGCAACGGUUUUUGUUUGUAAAUGUUGUUAAUUGUCUGGCUAAUCGUUGUGACAAAUGCUGGAGGAAGUCUCCAGCAGAGAUACGUCACAUGUCAAAAAUUUUUACUCUAACGUGGAUGAUUAAAUUUUUUACUUUUGCAGUUUCCCUUGGACGAACAACUCUGCGCGUUGGAAAUUGAGGUAAGUAAGGGUAAAAAUGAUUUUUAAAAUUUUCAAAAUUUGUGGCUUCUUUCACAGGGUAAGUGCUCACAGUGCGACGCUCUAAUUUUACUGAAAUUUGUCACAAAUUCUAAGUUAUUUUUAGAACAUUUGCGGGAUUCCUAAGCUCGCGAUUUUUAAAUCGAAAGUUGGUCAAAAUUCAACCUUUUUUGCCACUUUAUCCAUGAAAAUAUAAUACUUAGCCUUUUAUUCUGCAGGAAAUCAAAUCAAGGUGGCAGGGAUAUGGCCAAAAUUUUUUUCUGUGGCUAAAAUUUUUCGGAAUUGAUUAACCCUCCAGGCAUGCGUAUGAAAUUUAAAGAAAAUUUCAAUGUUACAGCUGAGGUGCUUCCUUUUUAAACUUAAGCCAAAGCCUUCCCCUUAUUUUGUGUCAACUUUCAUCAAGAUCUGAAAAAAAGUUUACUUAGUUUUCAUUUUUUCCUGCGGUAAAAAAAGAUUCAAAAACCCACAUCCAAGGUUCACAGAUCCAUGAUUUCUGGAUCCCCUAGCCCCUCAAGCCCACCCUAUUCUCCAUCAGAUUACCGCCUUUGCUUUCAGAGCUAUGGUUACAGCACGGCCGACAUCAUCUACCAUUGGCAUCAUCACAAGGCCGUCAUUAUCGACGAGAACGUGCAUUUGGCCCAUUUCACGAUCGAAGACCACUUCCACGUGGAGCGGAUGAUAUCGCUGAGCACGGGGAAUUACUCGCGUCUAACCACCUACUUCAAGUUCAAACGGAACAUUGGCUUUUAUUUGAUUCAGGUUUAUCUUCCGUCCUCUCUAAUUGGUAGGUGGAAAUUGCGUUGAGCGGCAAAAUUCAAGGGGGAAAUCUUUAAUUUUUGAGGAGAAUACUGAAGAGUAUGAAUGCUGCGCUUUUCAUUGCCUAGAUUUUGCAUUUUUUUCAACAAAAAUGACAUUUUAUUGUCUGUAAAUCGAUUUUUUCAAAGAAUACUUCAAUUUUCACAUCUUUUUUGAGGUUUUUCUACUAAAACAAGGUUGGUUUGUCCUUAUCAUCAAAUAUUUUCAGUUGUAAUAUCAUGGGUAUCCUUUUGGUUGAACCGGGAAGCCACGCAAGCCCGUGUUGCCAUCGGUGUGACCACAGUGUUGACUCAGACCACACUGAUGACAUCAACGAAUGCCUCCUUGCCCAAGGUCUCGUAUGUCAAGAGUCUGGAUAUCUUCUUGGGAGUCUGCUUCUUUAUCGGUAAGCUGAUACUCCUAAUUUUGAUGGCAAAUAUAUUACGUGUAACUUUUUUUUUGAAAAAAAUCUAAAAUCAAAAAAAAAAACUUAUAUCGAAAUUUUGAAUAUAAAGUUGAUAAAAAAAUUACAGUAUUCGCGAGUCUUCUCGAAUACGCCGCCGUUGGGUAUUUGAUGAAACGGCAGAGGUCAAGUGCUUGUCGACGGGCCAAUUCCCAACUCGUUUAUUACUACGAGUUCGAAGAUCAAAGUCAAGUUCGUCUUGGAUCGGCGAGAGAAAAACGGAGGGGCGCCAGCUUCAGGAGAACGCACAGUCCGGUGAGAAAUUUUGUGUUUUUAAAAUUUCAAAAAAAUUCUAUUGAUUUUGGAAAAUUAGACUUCAAGAAUUUGAAUUUUUUUCUAAAAAUUAAAUUUUUUAUGUAAAUUUUUUGAUUUUGAUACUUAAAAAUUUUUUGAUGACUUUGAAGUUUCUUAUUUUUUGGAUUUAAGCCGCCAGCAAGUAGUAAAUUAAAUUUUUUAUGCUGUUUUAUUUAAAUUUACCUUACAUUUACAAGUAAAAAUUAAAAAUCAGCACCCCAUAGGCUCAAAAAAUUCGAAAAAGUGUAAUUUUUACGCAAAUACUUCUCGAGCCCUCCAAUUUGCCCUGAAUAAGACUAACUCUCAAAACAAUUUUCAGCAAGUCCACAACGGCGGAGUUGUUGAGCAAGGUCUGCCCUUGAUCGGUCUGUCGCCCACGCACAGCCAUCCCUCGGUGGGUGCUCGGAUGAGUAUGACCGAGACGAUAGAGCCGCACAAUACGAAGUUGUUUCUGGUCCGUCCGUCGCAAGUCGACCUGUUCUCACGGGUCGCGUUUCCAUUGUUUUUCGUCCUCUUUCAUAUUGCUUAUUGGGCAGUUUAUGCUAAUGUUUAACGUAAGGAAUUCAAUAAAUAUAUAUCAUCUAGUUUUGUUAUAAAUACUAUUUAAACUUAAAUAGUAUUCUAUUUAGAGCUCCGUCGAUACUGUAAAUUGCCAAAUUUUCAAUUUUACAGCAAAAAAACGAAUUUUUGGCGAAAAAUCAUCAAAUUUUGUCUAAAAAUGUCGCUAACAAGGGAAGUACCCCAAGUGCGACGCUUAGAUUUUCUUUAAACUUUGCACACACAUCGGUCAUAAACUAAGUAUCAAUUCCUGAAAGUUUUAGCUCGCACUUCGCAAGCGCCGCCGAGAUAUUGAACGGUCUUUGCCGCCGAGAGAGUACGCUCAACCCGGAGAGCGGUAGGAGAGAAAAACGCCUUUUGGCCAUACCUUUGCCAGUUUCGUGCGGAAAAAAUUGAUUUUUUGUGGAAACAUUGCCGUCUAUAGUAGAAAUAGGCACGAAACUUUGCGUCCCGAAAUUCAGCAAAAAGUUUUAAAAUUUUGGCCAACUUUAGAUCAAAAAAUCUCGGUUGUUUCUGCAAAACGGGAGCUAGGAUUCUCGCAUAUUUCCUAGGAAAAACUAUUCUAAAUUUGUGCCAAGUUUCAUCAAAAUCUGGCCGUCGCACUUGGGGUACUUUUCUUGUAAGGUCUCAUUGAAAUGUCCAUAAAUUUCCACUGAGCUGUUCAGCAGCUCACAGCUGUCAAGAGAAGUGUAUUUUCAUCAAAAAUAUGCUCCAUUUUGGCCUUCAGUACUAAACCAUCGCCCAAUUCCGUCUAUAAAUGCCCCUAAAAUUCCAUAUUUGACCCAAAACUGCCAUCAAACGACCACAAAUCCCAUCAAAAACCCAAACUGCUCACGGAAACGACGUCCAUCAUCCCGAACCCGCAUGAACUUUAAAUAUCGGUGGCCAUAAAAACAUCUCGCGGCCCCACCAAACACAUAGAACCAAUUGUGCGGAAUGCGCGGCCCGUUGCCAUGACGAUCAUGUAAUCGAGUCCGGGUUAUAUGGGAGAGUAACAGCGGCGGACUGGUCAUUUCCGUGGGUAAAUGGCCAAGACGGUGUUUCGACCACAAAGUGCUUAAUUGAGCGCGUGCGAUUCGAUUUCGGGGCGGCACUGGGUCGUGUUCUGGUCACCGCUUUUCCUGCGCUAUUGGCUUACAUUGCACGGAAUCUAAUUGAAAUAAAUUCCUGGCAGCUACCUGUUUCGGCCGCCUCUAAAUAUUGUUUUUUUCGGCCGCAUUGUUUUCUACUGCUACUAAUUUUUGGGCCCCAAUCUUUUCGGAUUUACAUAUACAAAUAUUAGAGAAAGAAGUGGGACGUCCAGAUGUAAUCGCCUCGACGACAUUCCGCCAAGUUCUUCAGCUGCAAUUAUCCCCUAAAGACGUUUGCGUGUGCCCCUCUCCCCAACAUGGCCGAAUUAUAAUCCAUCCAUCCGCCAGCGAAAGAUUCACCGGGCCGGAUAUCAGCGGCAGCAGAGUCUCAACAGCUUUAUUACAAACUUAAUCCAGCAGGCGAAAGAGUCCCCCUCUUCGAUCGUUGCCCUCAUCUCCACACUGCCAUCGCCCUGGAGUUGGUCGGCUUCCGAGUGCGGAAACUUGUUGAGAACUUGGCCCGCAGACUCCGCCAUUGGGCCGAAGCGUGGGGCCGCGCCUAUCUUGCGAUCGCCGAACUGCCAGAGACUUUCGUUUUAUAGAAUCAGUAAGUCUUUCAGGACGAUUUGCCCAGACUUUUCGAUGUUUCUGAACAAUCAAAAAUUGUACUUGUCAGCAUUUUUUAGCCGAAAAUUUAUUAAAAUUAACGAAAAGUCCAAUUUUACGCCUGAAAAACGUCAAACAAUUCAAUUUGUCAGCGAUAUUUUUGCCAGAAAAGCUGUAAAAACAUCAUAAACAUUCAUUUUUCUUUCAAAAAUUUAUCAUUUCAAUAUAAAACGACUCAUCCUACAGCCCAUUUUACCUAAUUCUUCCAGAAUUCCCCCAUUUUCAUCAUCCCAUUUUCAGCGGUGUUAUGCACCUUGCCGUCCGCUCAUGCAGCACGUCUUUCUGCUCGAUUCCUGCCCAUAUCUCCUCCUCUUCGUGGUCACUCUCUCACUCACUGCCUUUGCCCAAAACGGACCUCAGCCCUGUCCCGAGAAUGCGAUCGUCUUGACCGGAAGCGACUACCCCCAAUUCGUCUACAGUCCCUACGAUGAGCUGCGGCAGUACCCGCCAAAUACGGACUGCCGGUUUGUUCUGGUUGCAAGAUCAAUGCAACAUCGUAUUCACUUAUCAGUUAUUGAGUCCAAGUUGGAGGAGCCGCUGUUCACGGAGUGCGAGGACUAUGUUAGCAUCAGGGACGGUAAGUGUAAUCUUAUCUUUAUAAAAAUUGCUUUACAAGCAGAACUACAGUGGUCCUUAUUAAAAUAACUUGUUUCUUUGCUCAUGGAUACUAUUCGUAAUAUAAGGUACAAUAUUUUGUUACCCUGAAGCUUGACGAUUCGUCUUCUUAUGGCUCUUGAACUCCAACCCCUUUCCUAGCCCAGAAACAAACCGGGAACCUUUACAGUGGGGGACCUGAUCCAGUGGCAAAAAAAGUACCAUUUUGUAUCCGGGAAGUAUCAAAAAUGUGGCAAAAUACUUCCAUCUCCAAGUGAAGAAACUCGGAUUUCAAAAGCGCGCCCGCUCUUUUUGUGAGAGAAAGGGCGCGCUCUUCAAAACGAGGUUUUUUCACUUGAAGAGAGAAGCAUUUUGCCACAUUUUUGACGCUUCCCGGAUGCAAAACGGUACGCUUUUUGCCACUGGAUCGGGUCCUUCACUGUAAAGGCUUGCGGUUUGUUUCUGGGCUAGGAAAGGGGUUGGAUAUCAAGAGCCUUAAGACGACGAAUCGUCAAGCUUCAAGGUAACAAAGUAUUGUACCUUAUGUAAAGGACAAUAUCCUUGAGCAAAGAAACAAAUUAUUUUAACCAAGAAGCCGCUGUUACAAUUCAAAUGCUUUGUUAGAGAUUUUGUUUUCUUGGCAGAGGCCUGCGUAUGUUUUUAGGUAUAUCCAAAGGUAUACAAAAUCUCCAGCAGCCGUUGAAAACCAUUUCUGAUAUCAAAAGUCCGACUACUCCUAUUCCUUUCAACCUUUCAUUUUACCAUCAAAAAAUUCUUUUUCAUUGCGUUAAACUCCCAAUUAGCCUAACGUCUAAUUGGAACUUAUCUUUGUGAACAAUUUUUUGUUUAAAACUGCUCCGUUCUUGGCCUCUUCUUGACAUAAUUUUCAAGCGCCCCCUUAAACAUCAAUCCUUUUGCUACGUAACGACUUUCCCGGCAAUACCUAAUCUUCCAAUUUUUAUUCAAAUUACCCUCUUUGAGAUUCUAAAACUCCAUUCGCAACGACAAAUAUCUCCGGAUUAGGCCCUCUAAUAAAUUGUAAAGCCAUCCGUAAACGUCUGCCUGCAUCUAUAUCUGUUUCAGGAGGAUUACCGACAUCCGACGAGGUCCUCCGAUGGUGUGGCUCCUAUUUCCCACCAUCGCUAACAAGUUCAGGCGACUCUUUGUACAUUCAUUUUCACUCGGAUAACAUUGUUCAAUCGAGGGGUUUCAAUUUGUCGUUUGUUGAUUACUGUAAGUUUGUGGGGGAGAAAGAUUGGAACAUUAUUUGGGUUUUAAAGCAUUCAAUAAAGAAAUUACAGCUUUUAUAAAGUUUUUUUUGGGGAUUAAUAGCUCAAAAAAGUUUGGGAUUUUUGGGAAAAUGCUAAAGAUUUGGGAUAUUACGUCUACAUUCGAAGUUGUAACUGUCGGAAAGGGGGAUUUGGAAAAGUUUGGAGAAAAUUAGAGAAAAAUCUGACUGAUAAUCGUAUUUUGCCUAACCUGACUCUCAACUUCACCCAGAAACAACUUAUUUUCAGUGAUUCCCGGCUGUCCUGCUGAUUGGAUUCGAAGUGAUGACAAUAUGUACUGCUAUAAAAUGUUUUCCUCAGCCCAUGGGUACACUUUUAUUGAUGCUCAAAGGAACUGUUUUUACGAACGAUCGAAUCUGCUGACCAUCGAGAAUGCGCGUGAAUACCAAUUUAUAGUUGGGAAGUACUCGGACAGUCAUAAAUUCCCUUGGAUUGGAUACAACGACGCUAACAAAGAGGGAGAAUUCGAUGCGAUCGAUCCAAAUGUCCCUAUUUGGCCUGAGGAGUAGGUUAUUAUCAAUUAGAGUCACCUAAAGUCAUUUGUUGGUCUUAAAAUAAUCUAAUUACCUUAUUUUAGUCUCUCUUCCUCCCUCCGAGGAGAUCACAAAGACAAGGACUGCCUUUUUCUCGACUGGAACUCCAUCAAAGAUGGUCCCGCUCACACCGUAGACGACUGUCGAACCCGCCAUUCGUAUAUCUGCAAAAAACGACAAGACGGAACCACUGUUCCCAUCCAACUCUCAGCCACCCUUCUUCGGCAUGGCUUCGAGGAUCCGGUUUUCAAUUACACUCUGAUUCUGUUGAUCCUACUCUUACUAUUGGUUCUCCUGAUCAUCCUCUGGAUCAUCUAUCAAAAAUGCAAGAAGCGGAAUGUGGUGGCGGCGUCUGAAGGGAGCCGGCUUGUUCAGUCGGCUCCGCAUCCCGACACGACCGCCAGAGCUGCCACAGCGGCCGCGACAAUAAAUCUGGCGCCGGUUCCGGAGGAGAAAAAGAAAAAAGAGAGGGCCAAGACCGCAGCCACAGAUGCUGUGAAGAACGUGCUGGCGAUCAGUGCUAGUCGGACGACUGAAGCGAGAGAUUUGGCGUUGCAGAAGACCGAUGACGACCAAACCUUCCAACUCGACGACACUUUAUUCGAAAAGUCAAAGCCUGACGACAACGCUGUAGCUUCUACCAACUAUCAACAAGUUUCUGCGGAGUCUCCGCGAAUACGGACUUCUCCAAAUCAAGCGGCCCCUCCGGUGCAAGAUUCUGAAUUCGCUCGGGCUCAACGCCGAGAUUCGAAUCCCGUUUUGUCCGACGAAUCCGAGGCCGAACUCGGUGUGGGAGAAACUCCCAUUCCGUUCAGUCCAGUGAAGGGAGAUAAGGCUUCCCCCGCGGUGCAUUCACCGCCAGAUCGAAGUCAUUUGUACGAAAGUGGUCCGGUUACUGUAACAACAAAGGACGAGACAAAAGAUGCGAAAGAUUCCGGGGUUACCAGCAAAACUUUGAGCUCAACUUUGCCGCCAGUCGGUGAGCCCUCAGGGCCCAGUCGAGAGGCGACAAUUCAGACCGGGAUUACGGCGCCGUCCAGCCACCGCUCCAGGGGUACGCAGCCGUCUCACGGCUUCGAUCGACCUCAUGUUGGGACCUUGGAAAAUGUGUCGGCCAUCAGUUUGGACGAGUUCUGGCAGGAGAGCAAAUAA